AUGAUUAUUUCAGGUCUCUCAUAAAGUGCUUUAUUAAACUCGCCUAACAUAAAGUCUUAAAAACCUUCUAUUCCUACUAAAAUAGAUUCAAUUUAUAAUUUAAAACUUAAGAUUCCAGAAGAUCUCUCAUAAUCAUUAACUUAAUCAUAAAUAUUUUUUAAAAAAUGUCAUGUUGAAGAAACAUAAAAUUAUGAUUUAGAUCUAUUUUCCAACCUAAGAAAUCAAUUUGUAUUUAAAAUCUUAAUAAAAUGUAUAUUCCAUGUAUUUAUUCAAAAAAAUCAUCAAUGAAAUUUUGGUAAAUCAGACUUAUUGAUGCUAUCCAUUUCCAAUCAAUUACAACGAUUUUAUGUGGACUUUGUAAAUACUUAACCAAACUUUUGAUGAUUGCUAUUGAAGGAAAUGUUAAUAAAAUUACAAAAUCUGGGUUUUUAAAGUAUUGGAAUUUAAAUUUAGCUUAAAAAGAACCAAAAAAAAGAUGUUUCUAAAUUCCUAAAAAACCAAAAAAUGAUUUCAUUUAAUUUGACGAUUUCAAACCUUUCAUGAAGAGUACAAACAAUUUCCUAAAUAGUUUUACUUGAACAACAUCCUGGAUUAGAAUUUUUGUCAGCAACACCUGAAUUUUAAGAACGUUAUGCUGAAACUUUUCAUCAUUUAUGUAGAAAGGAUAAUGAUAAAAUUACUUGGCGUGACUUUAAAUAAAGCAAUUUAUUUGAUAUUUUAGAUACACCAGGAAAAGAAGAUUAUAUAAAUAAGGUACCUAUUUUUAUUUUUCCUUUGAUAUAUGAGAUAAUAUUUCUCAUAUGA